CACGAUAUAAAUAUUUAUUUUUACUAAAAAAAAUAUCGAUGUAUUGAUAUUUUGGUAUAUUUUUCUCAUCGCUAUCUGCCAGCCUUCUUUUUAUUUCCGCCGUUUGCCGAGAAAGUUGGAAAAUCAUGGGCAAGCCAAGAGGUCUGCGCACUGCCAGGAAGCAUGUGAACCACCGUCGCGACCAGCGUUGGGCCGACAAGGACUACAAGAAGGCUCAUUUGGGCACCAGAUGGAAGGCCAAUCCCUUCGGAGGUGCUUCCCACGCCAAGGGAAUCGUCCUUGAGAAGGUCGGCGUCGAGGCCAAACAGCCCAACUCUGCCAUCCGCAAGUGCGUGAGGGUGCAGCUGAUCAAGAACGGCAAGAAGAUCACCGCCUUCGUGCCCCGUGACGGUAGCUUGAACUACAUUGAGGAGAACGACGAGGUCCUGGUCGCCGGUUUCGGUCGUAAGGGUCAUGCCGUCGGUGAUAUUCCCGGUGUGCGCUUCAAGGUUGUCAAGGUCGCCAACGUCUCCCUGUUGGCCCUCUACAAGGAGAAGAAGGAGCGCCCAAGAUCUUAGAUGACCACGCAUCUAUUCUUUUUCCAGACAAGCAGAGUUAGGGUUUUACAAAGCUAAAUAAACAAAAAAAAAAAA